AAUUUAUUGUUUACAGAUGAAACUGAUAAUUCAGAAAUAAAAAUAAUUGAUUUUGGCUUUGCUCGUUUAAAACCACCUGAUAAUCAGCCUCUUAAGACUCCAUGUUUUACUCUUCAUUAUGCUGCCCCAGAGCUCUUGAAUCACAACGGUUAUGACGAAUCUUGUGAUCUGUGGAGUUUGGGGGUCAUUUUGUAUACGAUGCUAUCAGGACAGGUACCAUUUCAGUCUCAAGACAAAAGUUUAACAUGUACCAGUGCAUUGGAAAUAAUGAAGAAAAUAAAAAAGGGAGAAUUUUCCUUUGAAGGAGAAGCUUGGAAAAAUGUUUCUGAAGAGGCCAAAGAGUUAAUUCAAGGGCUUCUAACAGUGGAUCCGAACAAAAGAAUUAAAAUGUCCAGCCUGAGAUACAAUGAAUGGCUUCAGGAUGGCAGCCAGCUGUCAUCCAACCCUCUAAUGACUCCUGAUAACUUGGGUUCUUCGGGAGCUGCGGUGCAUACUUAUGUCAAAGCCACUUUUCACGCCUUUAACAAGUACAAAAGGGAAGGAUUUUGUCUCCAGAAUGUUGACAAGGCACCUCUUGCAAAGAGAAGGAAAAUGAAAAAAACAAGUACAAGCACAGAGACACGUAGCAGCUCCAGUGAAAGUUCACAUUCUUCUUCCUCUCACUCUCAUGGUAAAACUACACCUACAAAGACACUGCAGCCAACAAACCCUACAGACAGCAAUAACCCAGAAACUAUCUUCCAGUUCUCUGACUGAAAGGCAGAGAAUAUCCUGUCUUGAAGAUAUCAGUGGUUAUAAACUUGGUAGUACCUAUACUGUCUUCUCCCACCCAUCCUCCCUGUGACUUACAGGCUACAAGAAUAUGUCUGUUGCUUUAAGAACAUAUUUCAAUCAUACCUUUUUAGCUUUGUAUUUCAAUACAUUUCUUUUUAGCAUUAAGUUUGGUAUCACUGGAUAUGGUAUAAUACUAUUAUACAACCAACAUUGUAUUCUCUUAGGGCUAAAUUACUAGUGUGCAGUGAAGCUCAAGAUAAGAAGCUACACUGCUCGUGGUACAGCUUGGAGGAACACUUUCUCAGUGUCAGAAUCUUCUUUCCAGUUUCUUCCUCACUGUUGAAAGAAAGGAAAGCUCUGUAAGAACUCUUGGACCUUCUGCUUUUACCCAGCUCUGUGAAGAAUGUCACAGAAUUUGACUCUUCAUGCACGUAAAGAAUCAUUGGUACAACGCACCAAAGCAUUACAGUACUUCAAAGCCUUUAAAAUUUGUGGUUACGUUCUGUCCCGUUUAUUUGAAUUGUAAGAGCAAAA